AUGAACCCAUUUAACAAGGAACAAAUAACCGGCGGUACCGCCAAUACUGCCAUUUACUAUCGUGGAUGCUGUAAUUUCCUCUUUUCUAUCCAACAAAGGGUUUUUUGGUCAGCAUAUCCAAUGACAAUGAUAUACAGGGUCCCACUUGGCCAAUCCCAUGGGUUUCUUGUAAUCAGCCUUGGAGAAGAAAAGAGACUAAAUCUUAUACAGUUUGCCCGAAUAAAAUAUCCAAUUGCUUGUUCUUUUGAAGAGUUUUAG